CUACACACCUUCCUCGUGUCUUAUUUGUCAGUAUCACGUCAUAAACAUAGAGAAGACCUGGACUGAUGCCCAGAGUUACUGCAGAGCACAUUACACUGAUCUGGCUACAGUAGAUGACAUGGAGGACCUGAACAGGCUGAUUACCAGUGUCAGUAGUUCUAAUUACUGGUUCUGGAUCGGACUGAAGAAGGGAGACUCCAUGAAGUGGAACUGGUCUCUGGCAGACAGACGUUUCUACAGAGAGGGGGAGACUGAGUUCAGAAACUGGGACACUGGGACACCCCAAAAUGGCAACUGUGUUUUUAUGAGGACAGCUGGGUCGUGGAACAACGCCUCCUGUGAUGACCAGCAUCACUUCAUCUGUUAUGAUGGAAAACAAGUCACCAACCAAACAUACGUCUUAAUUCAGGAGAACAAGACCUGGAUAGAUGCUCAGAGUUACUGCAGACAGUAUCACACAGACCUGGUCAGUGUGAGAAACCAGACUGAGAACACAGAGAUAAAUAAGAAGAUAUCACUGAGGGGACUUCCUGUGUGGAUCGGUCUGUUUCUAGACUCCUGGAGAUGGUCAGACCAGAGUGACUCCUCAUUCAGAAACUGGUUGCCAGGAUGGCUUUCAACAGAACAGAGAUACAACUGCACUCUCGUGCAUUCUAAUCCUUCUUCUUCAAAUCAUGUGUGACGAUCCUCCCACUCUGUCUGCCGUAUUCUGUCUUUGUUCUUGUUUCCUUAUUAGGAUGCCGAUGGGUGGAGUUGGGAGGGUCGUCAGCUUCAUGGGA